UCUGAAAAAUGGCAGCAAAUGAAAGCAUUCUUUCCUCUUGGAAAACUCCGUUUUCCACGCCAAUAAGAAAGAACGAAAAUACUUGCCGAGAUGUUUUUCAGAAUUCUGAAAAGCUUCUGGCCUCAGCUGUAUCGAUUUGUCGAUUGAAAGGGAGCGUUGAGUGCCAAACGGGAGGAUUGAUCACAGUAUGCGAAGAAUUACAAAGCCUGAUUCGUUUGGCUUUCUGUGAAGUAAAACAGCUUGAAAAACAUUUUGAUUCCCAGAGAAGCAACUUUGAGAUUGAAAUAGCUUGCCUGAAGGAACGAGUUAAACAUCUGGAAGAGGUUGAGAGUCACAGUAAAGAAAACGGCAAUUAUAUUGGUUAUGGAGAAACCACUGAAACUGCUUAUGACGAGAAUCUCCUUUGGAGUAAGUCAAACUCAAGAGAAAAUGAUGGAAACGCAGAAGCAGACGACUGUCAUUUGUCUAGAACUGACAAUUACACCGAUUACAAAUACAGUGAUCCGAAUCUUUUUGAGCCUAACAGUACAAAUAGCAAAGUUGUUUCAGUAUGUGAUGGUGUUUUGAGUGAACCUCCUGAACAGCAAAUGUCAAAUGUUUCAACAGAAGCUAAGAAAGGUAAUUUGAAUAAAUGCUCUGAGAAAUUGUUACCAAAGAAGACAGAUGACACUGAUGAUGUUGAAAGGUCACACAAUCUGAACCUACCUUCAAAGAUUGCUGAGGAAAAGGAAAAUGAAGAUGUUGUGGCUGGGGAGGAAUCCGAAGCUGUGGUACUGGAAUGCGAGGUAAAGUUGAAGGACAUCUCCAAAAAAGGCAAAAAGAAGGAGGGAAGUCCGGCAUUGUUGGAAAAUUCUAUCAAGGAGGCUGAAGCUCUCACAAGUAAUAUCAACCACCAGGCAGACAGUAAAAAUUUUAAGAAAGGAAAGGGGAGAUCAGUUUUUAAAGAUGAAUCAGAAGAAGUUUUUCAAGUAGAAAGCCCUGGAGAGGUCAUUUUUCCUGCAACAGCUAGAAAGAAAUCAAAAGAGAAGAAAAGCAGGAGGUCAACAGUAAAAGAAAAGUUGCAAAGAAAUAAGCCCUCUUUUACCAAAAAGUCAAAGUCAGUCUCUGAUGGUGUGGCACUUGGACCUGGAGAUGAUGAAAUAGAAUCCCAAUCUGAAGCAAAAGCAGAAAGCAUUGAAAAGAAACCAGGGACCUCCACUGCUUGUGAGGUAACAAGCUCCAAAGAGAAAUCCUCCAGGAGAGAGUCCACAACCAGCGAGGACAAUGAUGAACCACUAGGCGAUAUGAGUUUUCUGAUCAACAUCAACUCCCAAAUCUCCAUGUUUGUAGAUGAUGCAUCACAACAGGAAUGUGAGUUGCAGCCUAUGACAGCCAGGGAACGCAAUGAUGUCUACAAAGUCACUCAGCUGUAUAAAUUGCGUGCAAGGAUUGGAACCAAGACUGAAAACAACCUGACAACAGUGUGUCUGUCCAAGCAAGCAGACACAAGAAUGCCAAAACCUGGCAGAGUUGACAAUUUACUAAGUAAUCUAAGUAUAAUGGCAAGUAAAGAGGCAACAAGGGAAAGCCCUAAGAAUCAUGGAAAGAGAAAGCACACAUCAUCUAAAGAGGAAAAUGUGCAAACUACAGCUGGAGAUCUUCUCGAGCAAGCUGCACCACCAAUGAAGAAACUUACAAGGCUCUCCAAGACUGGUAAUUAAACAAGCCAAUGCAGGGAAUUGCUAACUAUGAGGAUACUGUAAUGAACAUGAACAGAAUAUAUUUUCUGCUACUUACAGCAGUAGAACAUUGAAUGUUGCAAACAUUUCAUUAAAACCAUUUUGUGCAACAGAAUUCAUGUGACAUAUUCUAUGUUCAGUUAUAGAUCACUAUUGACUCCAAAAUGUGGAAAAACAAUGUGGCAAAACAGCUCUAUAUGCUUGUAUUAAUGCAUUGACUCUUUAACUCCUAGAAGUGACCAAGACAGAAUAUUUCCUUACAUUAUCACUACAAUGUCAAGCUGACAAGGGAUUAGAAUGAAGUAUAAUAUCAAUUUGGGUAUUAUUAGUUGAUUCAAUGGCAAAUUCUCUGAAGUGACAUGGGAUCUUUGAAGUAAAAGGUUUAAAAUCUUACAUCAUUUGUGGUAUAUAACUGAACAAACACAUGGCAUCCAAGGUUUUUUCUAAGUUUUAAUCAGUUUUUCAUUACCUUGGGAUGCAUGUAAAAAGUGCAAGUGUAUUCAGGAUACUAUCUGCUUACUUACACUUUACAUCUCAACAAACCAGCUGCCCUAUUACAAAUUGAAAGAAUACAACAGCUUUUAGUUUUCAGCAAUGCAGAAACCUUGGCAUUCAAAAUUAAUGGUAGAUGACUGCAUGUUUUAGUGCUUUGCUAAGUGUGACUGUCCUUAGAUUUUAAUAGCAUCAUCUUGAUCUUUUAAAAGAGCAGUGGGCAAUUCUUUCUCAAACAAUAUUCAAAUUUGAUGGCUUAAAAUGAUUUAUCUUACAAACAUUCCCCUCAUAAACAGAUAUACUGUACGUUAGUUUGUUUCUUGUAACUCAAGAAUUUAGACUUCUUACCAAUUUGUAAUGACACCAAUCAUACUGCUCUUUAGUUGUCAUCUGCAAUGGUUUUUACAGCUGUUUACAAUAAAAUAUGUUUAAAAGCA